CUUAGCUGUAUGACUGUAUCUGCGGCUCCCAAUACUUAAACUGGUCCAAAACCGCCCGCCGUUUUCUUCCUGGCUAAACCGCGGCAGCUCCGCCUACAACUUCCAUUGUUGAAGAAGAUGCAGAGCCCCAACAGAAAGUUCACAAAUUUUCCUUACUACAGAGAGGCUCUGAAACCACAGGAAAUUAACCACAUUUCUCCUCUUUCGAUCUCCCUUUCUCAUAGAAGAAAGAUGAUUUGAUUAAGCUGUUCGAGAAGGAGGUGGGAAGCUUUGACAGAAGAUAGCGUAAGACUCGGAAUGCUUGGCUUAAAGAUGUCAUUUCAACAGCAAAAUCAAGCUUUUCCUUCUCCAAAUCCUCUCUCUCAACCUCAACAGCAGCGAAAUCUUUCACCUUUUGCUUCGCAGCUGCAAUCCGAACACGCGUAUGGCUGCGGUGGAGUUAGAGGAAAGCAGCUGCAGCAAACCCAUAGCUCUGAGGAUGAGCUCGGAUUCGGAGAAGAAGCAACCGCCACGGCCGCAGCCGCUGCUGCUGAACGUGUCUCGCAGCCGCAGUCACCAUCGCCGUGGCAGAGGAUGAAGUGGACUGAUAGUAUGGUUCGUCUUCUCGUAUGGGUCGUCCACAGCGUUGGAGACGAUGGCGCCGGCGUUGAAUGCCCCGAGCAACAGCAUAAGGGGAAAAAGUCGUCGUCUUUGCAAUUAUCAUCGUCGUCCGCCGCGGCGGCGGCGGCUGGAAUGCAGCUGAAGAAAGGAAAGUGGAAAUCAGUAUCGAGGGCAAUGUUGGAGAAGGGAUUCUACGUCUCGCCGCAACAGUGCGAGGAUAAGUUCAACGAUCUGAACAAACGUUACAAGCGGGUGAAUGAGCUCCUCGGAAAGGGAACGGCUUGUAAGGUUGUAGAAAACCCCGCCCUCCUCGACUCCAUGGAUCACCUGUCUCAUAAAGCCAAGGCAGAAGCCCGCAAACUCCUUAGCUCAAAACACCUCUUUUUCCGGGAGAUGUGCGCGUAUCACAACACCUGCCUCUCCGCUUCCGCCGCCGCUCUACAGCCGGAUCACUCCUCCUCUGUUUCUCCGGCUACUAUCAAGAUCCGAAAAGGGGGCGGCAGCCUCUGCACCGUAGAGGAAGAAAGCGGGCACCUUUGCCAUGACGACGACGUUGCAGACGAUGAAGAAGAAGAAGAUGACUACAACGAAGAUGAAAGUGAUGAUGAGGAGGAGGAUGAUAACGGCAGCUUGGGGGCAAAGCGGAAGGCUUUGAUGUCGCCGGCAGCAUCGUCUCCAUUGUCGUUAUCACUGUCUUCGCCCUCGGGAUCAUCGUCGGUGCAGGGAGAACAGCAGCAGAGACAGUGGCUGAGAAUGAAGGCGGCGGAACUCGAAGAACAGCGGGUUGUUUACCAGAACCGGGCGCUACAGCUAGAGAAGCAGAGAUUCAAAUGGCUACGUUUCAGUAGCAAUAAGGAAAGGGAAAUGGAGAAGACGUGGUUGAGGAACGAGAGGCUUCGGCUGGAGAACGAACGGAUGCUAUUGCUUUUGCAGCAGAAGGAGAUUCGCCUUCUUGAGUCCGCUGGAAACGCCGGCGGCGACGCUAACGGCGGUUCGAACGGUUCCUAUCAGUUCACGGCGGCGGAUCGGAACCACAACUAAAUUAAAGUUGACGCUUUUUAUUUCACUUGGUCGGUACCGCCGUUCAAAGUAGGCUAUGGGUUUGGAUUUAUCAUAUUUUGCUUUUCUGUGUGUUAAUAGGUACAUUUUGAAUGCAGAACAAUGAAACUGUUGGUAGGUUUAGGGCAUCUCCAAUCAAACCGGAGAGAUUAUUCCGUGCGGAUUCUGGAUCGAAGAAUCAUCCGAAUUUUAUAAAUAUA